GGUCCUUGCUGGAGCUGUGCAAAUAAAGAGAGUUAACGGGCCGCGAACAACAGGCUAAAAAGUGUUUUUAUUGUUAUGACAUGUUAGAGAAAUAACUUAACAAGUAACUGACAGGGAUUCCAAGCGAGGAAUAUCGCUUUUCGAGCGGGGAGAAGGGCGACAUUUCAGUUGUGGGGUGAGGAAAAGCCCGGGACGCGCCGUUAUAAACUUAGCCUUUUGCAAGUAGUGUAAAACAAGUGGCUGUGGCAGGAGAGAAAGUUAGCCGCAGUUAAAGAUGAGCUUGUUGUCUGCCAUUGACAGCAGCACCUCGGUGUACCAACCCGCACAGCUUUUAAACUGGGUUUAUCUUUCUUUACAAGACACGCACCAGACCAGCGCUUUCGAUGCUUUCCGACCUGAAGCGAGUUCUGGCCAUCCGGAUCUGAGCUACAGUAAAACCCCUGCAGCAGCCGAGCUCAGCUCCUCGCUCAGCUCCAACUAUCUCAACAGCUUCUUUCAGCUGCAGCGCAACGAGGCCCUGAGUAAUGGCUUAUAUAAAAGCGUUUCUCCAUAUGGCUCUCUGAACAACAUCGUGGACGGGCUGAACUCUCUAACGGACCACUUCUCCGACCUCUCCCUGACCUCUGAGCCACGCAAGCCCAGCAAGAGACCUCCACCGAACUACCUGUGCCAUCUCUGCUUUAAUAAGGGCCAUUACAUCAAGGAUUGCCCUCAGGCUCGGCCCAAAGGUGAAGGAUUGACACCUUAUCAAGGAAAGAAGAGGUGCUUUGGAGAGUACAAGUGUCCCAAAUGCAAAAGGAAGUGGAUGAGUGGAAACUCCUGGGCCAAUAUGGGACAGGAGUGUAUCAAGUGUCAUAUCAACGUGUACCCUCACAAACAGCGUCCUCUGGAGAAGCCUGAUGGCCUGGAUGUCUCUGACCAGAGCAAGGAGCACCCGCAGCAUCUGUGUGAGAAGUGCAAAGUCCUGGGCUACUACUGCCGCCGCGUGCAAUAAGGACCCGCAGGUCCGCGCCCACUCCUGCCUCCUUCUCCCUCUGCCCAUCUUCCCUUCCGCCCUACCCAUGAAGAGCUCCAAGAAAAAGUGAAAUGUGCCAAAAUGUUUUUGUAAAUAUCGCUCAUGCAGUUAUGGCCUUGUGUAUCAAAAGUAUAAAACACAUUUAUUUGAUAUAUGUGUAUAAUUGAUGAUUGAACAUAUGUUUUAGAAGGGUGUCACUGCCAGUAUUGAUAUCCAAACCGGGCACAAUGGCUGACCUCAACCUUGUGCUCUCUGACUGCGUGUUUACAGACUGCCGUCAUUUUCCCUGUCAAGUGAACUAUGUGGAUGUGCUGAGUGGUAAAGGUAUUAUAUUAGUUCAGUCACACAGGGCCGAGUAUGCCUUGCAAUGUUCUUUGGGUCAGCAGCACACCAAUUUAACUGUGAAUUAACAGGGGCUAUUGUACUAGUCAUCCCUGGCUUUUAUUUGCAUAUUUAUUUGUAAUGUUUUUAUAUCGUCGUGCAAUUGAUUCAACUAAACUGGGAUUUGUAUGCACAUAUUGUUUAACCCCACCUCUUGCCAUUAGAAACUACUGUAGGAUAGAAUUAUCUUGUAAGAAACUUAGCCAAGUUCCUACUUUUCACAUAUUCACAUACAUUACGUACAUAUAUAUAUAUACACGGUGCCCUCCAUGAUUAUCCCCCCCCCGCUUGUAAAGAGGGUUUGAUGAAGUUGCUUCAUCUCACACUGAAAAAAUGAGAGAAAAAUCAAACUUUUAAUUGAAAUAACGUUAUUCAGGGGUGGCACGGUGGUGUAGUGGUUAGCGCUGUCGCCUCACAGCAAGAAGGUCCGGGUUCGAACCCCGUGGCCGGCGAGGGCCUUUCUGUGUGGAGUUUGCAUGUUCUCCCCGUGUCCGCGUGGGUUUCCUCCGGGUGCUCCGGUU